AUACCUUAUCUCUACUCCCUCUCUCGCUUCUCGCUCUACAGUGACGCGCUCCUCCAAUGGCGACGCUCACAGGCCUCUCUCUCCCCCUCUCCCCUAAAACCCUAAUCCCAAAGCCUACUCCAUGCUUUGCUCCCACCACCUCCCCGGUGCCCGCCCUCCACUUCCCCUGGGCACGCCCUCGCAGGAGCAUCGCCGCGCGGCCUCCGAUUGCGCCGCCCCUGGCGGCCGUGGAUGGGGACUACUCGUCGAAGAGGAGCAGCAGCAGCGAGCCCAGGGAGACGAUUAUGCUCCCGGGGUGCGACUACAACCACUGGCUGAUAGUGAUGGAGUUCCCCAAGGACCCCGCCCCGACCAGGGAGCAGAUGAUCGAUACUUACCUCAACACUCUCGCCACUGUUCUCGGAAGCAUGGAAGAGGCAAAGAAGAAUAUGUAUGCAUUCAGUACUACGACCUACACAGGGUUCCAGUGCACUGUCGAUGAAGCUACAUCUGAGAAAUUCAAGGGAUUGCCGGGGGUCCUCUGGGUUCUACCUGACUCAUAUAUAGACGUCAAGAACAAGGACUACGGAGGGGAUAAGUACAUAAAUGGUGAGAUCAUUCCAUGCCAGUACCCAACAUAUCAGCCUAAACCAAGAAAUAGCUCGAGAUAUGAGAGUCGAAGGUAUGAGAGGAGAAAGGACGGCCCGCCCCGCGAAUGGAGGAGACCCAAGCAAGAUGCAACAGCUACUUCUGACAAGAAAUUGUCUUGAGGGUCAUAAGACUUUCACUAUGAUCAAGACGUCAUGUUGGGGUUUCCAUGAGCCCUAUUUAGUGAACCGAGGCUAGGAAUCUAGAACGAGCAAAUGUUUCAUGUGCAUUUACUUCUGUGAUACUGGGAGGGGUAGCCCAUACAUUCUUGUAUGAAGUAGCACGAAAUUUUGUCUUAUGUUCCUAAUGUAAGAAAAUUCUAGACGCGAUGCUUGUUAGUUCGACGAGAAAUGUAAGUGUUGUCUGAUUGGUUUGAUCAGCAUGUUACUUGAAGAUGUACCUCUUAGUUUGUGUCGGACCAUAUUUGUACUCAAGCUUAUGCUAUACUUGAGGUCAUACAUCCUCAAAUUUUAUGUUA